AUGGCCCAGGCCGCCCCCCUGGACGAGCUGCGGGCCGAGGCCAGCUGCCCUGUGUGCCGGGACCAGCUGCGGGACCCCGUCACCCUGGACUGCGGCCACAACUGCUGCGGGCCCUGCCUGCGCGCGCGCUGGGAAGGCCUCCGGGACGUGCUCCCCUGCCCCCAGUGCCAGCACCCCUGCCCCUCCAGGGCCGCGCCCAGGAACCCCCUGCUGUGCGCCCUGACCGCCCUCCUGAGCGCGCUGCCCCCCGCCGCCAAGAGGAGGCGGCGGGCCCAGGAGGCCCUGUGCGCGCGGCACGGCCGGGCCCUGGCCCUGUUCUGCGAGGAGGACCUGGAGCUGCUGUGCGCCCGGUGCGGGGCCGCCGCCCCCCACCGCGGCCACCCGCUGGCCCCCGUGGGGCAGGCUGCGGCCCGGCACAGGGAGAAGCUCAAGAGCUCCCUGGGGCCCCUCAGGAAGCAGGUGGAGGACGCCGAGAGGGGCUUGGCCACGCAGGUCUCCACCAUCCGGGCACUGGGAGAGAAGGUGGAAGAGCGGAGGAGCGAGCUGUACUUUGAGUUCGCACACUUUAAGAGUUACGUGGAUAAGGAGAGGGAUGUCAUUGACACUCGGGUACUGAGGGAAAUGUCUGAGAUUUACAUGAAAGUCACAGAAAAUAAAAACCAGAUGUCAGACUAUGGCACCACACUCAAGAGUCUGCUCGGUGCCAUCACCACGCAGUGUGCGCAGACAGACCUGGGCUUGCUGCGGGGGAUUGCAAGCGUCCAGCUUGAAUGGAGCAGGUGUGUUAGCCUAAAGGUCCCAGCAACCUUUCAAUGUGCGUUCCUCAAGGACACUUGCAAUCUGUCCCCACAAUACGUUAGUCUGCAAACCAUCAUGAGCAAGUUCUGGGUGGAUUUGAGCCUGGACCCCGACACCGCUCACCACAACCUCAUCAUCUCGCCAGACAGGAAAACCGCCACCUUUUCCUGCGAGAGGAUGGACCCGACCUGCGCUCCACGCCCCCAGGCCUUCACCUCCCACGAGGCUGUCCUGAGCGCCGAGGGCUUCGAGGCCGGCAGGCACUUCUGGCAGGUGGACGUCCGGGGCUCAGGUGUGUGGUCCUUGGGUGUGUGCAGGGGAUCGUUCCCCAGAGCUGCCCGGAUCCCACCGUCCCCCCGCGAUGGCUGCUGGCGAUUUCAGUGGUCUUCUAGAACACACCUUGACCCCCGCACAGUACGCAUUCGAGUUGGAGUUUUCCUGGACUACGAGUUGGGGGAGAUUUCCUUUUACAGCCUGAGUACCAGAUCCCACCUGUAUACACUGAGGUGCACCUUCACAGACAGGCUUUUCCCCUAUUUCUCUGUUGAAUCUUAUUCAUCAUUCUCCAUGACUAUAGCAAAGAUUGCUGAGCCCCUGUAA